AUUUUCAUUUUGUAAUUUGUGAUCUUUUAAAAUAUAAAUAAGAUUUUGAUGUGAGUAAUCGAUUUAGUGUACUUACUAAAAUAAAUGUAAAUGGUAUUCAUUACAAAAUGACAACGCGAUAACCUUAUAAUAUUUUCUGAAAAUUUGCAAUUAUUAGCUACUCCCUUCGGCUACUCGUGUCGGUCUUCCUGCGCAGUAGAAAAAUUUAGUGCUUAGAAUUCUAAAAUCCUGGAAAACUAAAAUAAUGUUCAGCCAAGUCUAUGUUUUCUUCGACGUAUGCAACCCUCGGUGAUAAUGUGUGUCAAAUUUUGUGUAAACUUAGUGUAUAUAGCGUCAAUGUGACCGUGAAUUUGUUUAUUUACGGUGGGGUCCGAUUUUGGGAUGGCUUUUCGAGAGUAUGUAACAGGUUUCUUCGGAAACCACAACGUUAUGGCGCCUUUCUCGCGCUUUUACCGAGCCAUGGUGCUCAAGAUGAACCAACAUGAAGAUGAAGCGACAACGUCUGGUAUUACGGAUGGCGCGAUCGACGAACAAAACCGAGUCAUCUUCAUCAACCGGCCGCAACCGCAGAAAUUCGUUAACAAUAGGAUAUCUACCGCCAAGUAUAGUGUACCGUCGUUCGUGCCGCUGUUCCUGUUCGAGCAGUUUCGACGCUAUUCCAACUGCUUUUUUCUGCUGAUCGCGCUGCUGCAGCAGAUCCCUGACGUGUCUCCGACGGGAAGAUGGACCACGCUGACGCCGCUCGUUCUCAUCCUCGCCGUAAGCGCGCUCAAGGAAAUCGUGGAGGACUACAAACGUCACCGCGCGGACGAAGAGACCAACCGUCGCAAAGUGGAAGUGCUAAGCGAAGGGGCGUGGCAACUGGUCCGGUGGGAGAAACUACAAGUUGGAGACGUCUGCAAGGUCUACAACAACCAGUUCUUCCCCGCUGACCUCGUGCUCCUUGCAUCCAGUGAGCCACAGAGCAUUGCAUUUAUCGAAACGUCCAACUUGGACGGAGAGACGAACCUAAAGACGCGUCAAGCUCAACCGGAAACCGCGCGGUUGCAGCACGACUCCGAAUUGGCUUCCUUCCGAGCCACGCUUCAGUGUGAACCGCCCAACAGGCAUCUCUACGAAUUCAACGGCAUGCUCAAGGAGACCAACGCCAAAACCGUUCCGAUGGGGUUGGAGCAAAUGCUGCAAAGAGGGGCGAUGCUUCGGAACACGGCUUGGGCCUUGGCGGCCGUGGUGUACACCGGGCACGAGACGAAGCUGAUGAAAAAUUCCACCAAAGCCCCAUUGAAGCGUUCGUCGAUAGAUCGCCAAACGAACACGCACAUUCUGAUGCUGUUCAUCAUUCUGAUAGUGCUGUCCCUCAUCAGCGCCGCCUUCAACGAGCUCUGGCUUCUGCGCCGCGCCAACACCGACUGGUACAUCGCUUUAGAAGGAGCCCAGAACGCAAAUUUCGGAUUCAAUUUUUUAACGUUUUUGAUAUUGUACAAUAACCUUAUACCUAUAUCUCUUCAAGUCACCGCGGAAAUUGUGAGAUUCUUUCAGGCGAAGUUCAUAGCCAUGGACGGCGAGAUGUACCACGCGGAGUCGGACACGCCGGCCAUGGCCCGCACCUCCAACCUCAACGAGGAGCUGGGCAUGGUGCGCUACGUCUUCAGCGACAAGACGGGCACGCUCACCUGCAACGUCAUGGACUUCCACAAGUGCUCCGUUGCGGAGAUCGUGUACACCAAACCGGGCCCUGACGACCGGCCGGAGGACACGCUGCUGUACCACAAUCUUCGGGAGCACCCUUCGGCUCCAGAUAUUGCCGAAUUCCUCACCAUGUUGGCCGUCUGUCACACCGUCAUUCCCGAGCACCAGAACGGCAAAAUCAACUACCACGCCGCUUCACCCGACGAGCGAGCCCUGGUGCUGGGGGCGGCCUCGUACGGCUGGGUGUUCGAGACGCGGACUCCGACCGCGGUCACGGUGAUGGCCCGAGGCCAGAGGCUCACGUACGCCGUCCUGCACGUCAUCGCCUUCACGUCGACGCGGAAGCGGAUGUCCGUCGUCGUGCGAGCGCCCAACGGUGACAUCAAGCUGUUCUGCAAAGGCGCCGACUCGGUGAUCUACCCUCGUCUGGCGGGCGGGCCCGACGCGGCGCCCUACGCCGCCGUUACCCUGGAGCAUCUCUCGCACUUCGCCGCCGAGGGCCUGCGCACCCUGGUCUUCGCCGUCGCCGACAUCCCGGAGCACGUUUACGAGGAUUGGUCCAACACGUAUCACAAAGCCAGCGUCGCGAUUCGGGACAGAGAGCAGAAGAUAGAAGAGGCGGCUCUUUUGAUCGAGAACAACUUGAGGCUGCUCGGAGCCACCGCGAUCGAGGAUAAACUGCAGGAGGGCGUGCCGGAGACGAUAGCGUCUCUCCUCAAGGCCAACAUCAACGUGUGGGUGUUGACGGGAGACAAACAGGAGACCGCUAUCAACAUCGCCCACUCGGCGAGACUCAUUCAUCCUGCGAUGCCGCUGCUGCUGCUGAACGAAGACAGCCUGGACGGCACGCGCGAGUGCCUGUCCCGUCAGUGCGCCGAGUUGGGCGACGGUCUUCGGAAGCAGAACGAGGUGGCGCUGGUCAUCGACGGCAAGACCCUGAAGUACGCCAUGGGCUGCGACCUCAAGAAGGACUUCAUCGACCUGUGCGUGUCCUGCAAGGUGGUCGUCUGCUGCCGCGUGUCUCCCAUCCAGAAGGCCGAGGUGGUGGACAUGGUGUCGCGGGCGACGGGCGCGGUGACCCUGGCCAUAGGCGACGGGGCCAACGACGUGGCCAUGAUCCAGCGGGCGUCCGUCGGCAUCGGCAUCUCGGGCGUGGAAGGUCUUCAGGCCGUCUGCGCCUCGGACUACAGCAUCGCCCAGUUCCGUUUCCUGUUGCGGCUGCUGCUGGUGCACGGCGCGUGGAAUUACUCCCGCAUCAGCAAACUCAUCCUCUAUUCCUUUUACAAGAACAUCUGUCUCUACGUCAUCGAGCUGUGGUUCGCGAUUUACUCUGCAUGGUCCGGUCAGAUCCUGUUUGAGCGUUGGACGAUAGGUUUCUACAACGUGAUCUUCACGGCCCUCCCGCCCUUCGCCAUCGGCCUCUUCGACAAGAUCUGCUCGCCGGAGAUCAUGCUGCGGCAUCCGGUGCUGUACGUGCCUUCCCAGCAAGGGCUGCUGUUCAACGUGCGCGUGUUUUGGGUGUGGGCGGUGAACGCGCUGCUCCACUCGGUGCUGCUGUUCUGGCUGCCCGUGCUGCUGGCCUCGCACCACGUGCUGUGGCCCAGCGGCCGGGACGGAGGCUACCUGGUGCUGGGCAACCUGGUGUACACGUACGUGGUGGCGACGGUCUGCCUGAAGGCAGGGCUGGCGACGCAUUCGUGGACGUGGGUGACGCACGUGUCCAUCUGGGGCUCCCUGGCGCUCUGGUUCGUCUUCGUCCUGGUCUACAGCAACCUGUACCCGGCGAUCCUGAUAGGCGCGGUGAUGCGCGGCAUGGACCGCAUGGUCUUCGGCUCGCUGGUGUUCUGGUUCGCGCUGCUGCUCAUCCCCGCCGCCACGCUCAUUCCGGACCUGAUCAUCACCGUCAUCCACAACUCGGCCUUCAAAACUACGACGGAGGCCGUGAGAGAGAGCGAGAUAAAGAAGCGUGAUCCGGCCGCACUCCUCGCACACCCGAGGCACUCAGUGUUCGCCGCCAGUUGGAAGCGCCUCAAGUACGCGGCCGCCGGCCUCUCUCUGAUGAAGUGCUUGACGGAGACGGCGCGGCUUCUGCAGAACGUGCGCAGCGUCUUCGGCCGCCGAGCCAACAGCCGCGCACAGAUGGACCUCGAGCUUUCCCAUGGUUUCGCAUUUUCCCAAGAAGAGGGCGCGAGCGUGUCCCAGGCCGACGUGAUCCGCGCCUACGACACGCGUCGGCCCAGAGAGCGUUGUUGAGCUGACGCAUUCCCACACCCUACGUAUAUCAUUUUACACUAAUUUUAACUGCUGCACUCGAGUGUAUGGGCAUAUUCAAUAUUUUAUGACAGUUUUAUUCGAUGUACUGUAGUUAAAGGCAUUUGCCGCAGUCGGCCACUUCGGCAAUGUGCCGUGACGCUGAUGAGGACACUUGAACAGUAGAAUUACGAAUGGAUCGACCAACAUUUUUGAGAGUUAUUUUGCUAAAGGUUUUUAGCGAUUUUAAGUUUGGUAUAGAUUACUUUAUCAAAUAACUGUGGCAAUCUGGGCCAAAUUACCGAAAUCACUUUCAUAACUUAGUACAAAAGCAUAGUUUGUAUCUAUUUAUUGGUAAAUAAAUUAUUUCGUAGCAUUCAGCACAGCGCAAAUCAAGGCUGGGUUGCAGAACGUUGUUCUGUAUUGUCCUGGUCUUAAGCUUAUCGUAUUAAUAAACUUAUAUUUGCAACACGUUAGCCUAGUUAAUCAAUGUCUAGGUAGUAAGUCAAUGUCUGCGUUAGGUUUAAUUAAAUACUACUCGAUGUCAGACUUUUCCAAAGAUUCCGGAAAAAACACUGAAAUGAAUCAAAUACCAGCGUUAUGAGCCGUUACAAUUAAGAAACGGUGUUUAGAGAUAAUAUCUAGUCGGUGAACGGUCAAUAUCUUGUUUAGAGUUUGACAUCGACCUGUGUAAUGUAUUGGCUUUAAAUACUUUUUUAAUGUCUGCGUAUAACCAGAAUUUUGUUGAUAUUAGAUUAUUAAAAAAUAAAAUAAUGAUCUUGUCAUAAUAUUAACUAUUUUAAAUGUAUCAUAAUAUUUUAUAUAUGUAUUGUAUAUAUGUAUUCUUUGUACCUAAGGCAUCUUCAGUGUGUUGCGCUUACGGGAAAUAUAUCGUCUACCUCGUGAAAAUUAAGUUUUACCUUAAAAACAAGGUUGUAUAUUAAAUAAUUAAUUUUCAGAUUGUAAACAAUAUCCAGGGAAGCUUUUCGCUACUGACCAAAAUGUAUGUCACAAACUUAACGUUGGUAUAAGUAUUUUCAUAUACGGCACUAGACGAACAGCUCUUCAAGUAAAUUAAUUUCGAAUUUCUCUCCUCUACUUCGUUUAGCAUGGCGAAUAUCAAGGUUUAACUCGUCCUCGUGGUCGACUCGAUAUUUCCUCGCACAUUUUUUUAUGAAUUGCUUUACAUCGACACAAUCGCUACGUUUACAGGCUUUGAAAGUCACAAUUUAAAGUAAACGCAGCUCCAACUAUUGAUUUAAAAUUCUACGCAAAUUGUAACACUUUUGUUUGUGUCGAGAGAUAAAAGUUAAAAAAAAAUCAGUAACUGGCUUCUAUGUGAUCAUACAACACUUAAAUUAUUGUGAUAUUUGAUAUAACUUGGCUAUGAACUUUCCGAGUCUUUACAAUGUCGACUGCUAGUUGGUUUUUGGACGGUGUGUUGAUGUUUGUCACGUAUAUACCUCUAACAGUUUAUUAUUGUUAACUGUUACUUCGUCUAAGCGAUCUGCGAAGGCCGGGACGUAGCUGAGGUGCGCACUCACACCUCGUUCAAGCCUGCGAUGCAUUUAAUAGAAUUGAUUUCUUAAUUAAUGACGUCAUAAAUAAAUUUUAAAAGGCCUUGUUAUUGAUCAAAGACCCCACCCGGUUUAUGACUACACUAAUCUAUACAUAUAUUUAAUAACAAUGGGAUCAAUACUUUAAUAAAUAUUUGUUAUGACAAGGGACGAGCAAAUUUACUUACCUAAUGUGUACACGCAGCUGCGUUCCGAAGCCGAUUAUUUGGUAGAAUAAGCAAAAUGUGAAUGUAAUAGAAAUAUUAUAUUUGUUCCCGUUCUCUA